AUGUGCCAUUCCACUUGCGCAACGUGUAAUUAAGGAAAAAAUACCUUUGCUGAUUGUACAGCUUGUAAUGCUUCUAGAUAUCUAUUUGACAAUAGUUGUCUAUGCCCUAAAGGAUAAGAUACAGAUUCUAGCUAUAAUUGCUAUGAUUUUGAUAGCUCUGUUUCUAAUUUAUAAGACUUUGUUUAUGCUCUAUAAUAUGGAUUAUUGUCUCUAAUGAUUAUUUCACUAUUUAUUAAAAGGCAUAUUCCAUUAACAAGAAAGCUUCUUGACACAUGCUAAACUAUAGGGCUUCUAUUUUAUAUACAUCAAUAUUAUGAACCAAGAACUACUGUUGCUUUUUAGCUUUUCUAAAUGACUAACUUAUCUACUUUAAUCCCAAACUAUAUAGCAAACCAUUUUUAUGGAUAGGAUAUGCAACUAAAUGCUAGCAAUACUUACACAUAUUUGAAUAUGGGUAAUGAAAAUUAAACUCCUGAUUAUAAGUUUUUAAUCAAUGGAAAAAGUUCUAAUUUUUUAAUAAACUAAUUGUAAGUAUUCGUUAUAUGGGCAGUAGGAUUGAUCUUAUUCUUAGUUGUUGGUGCUGGUAUUAGUAUUAUUAAUUAGGGAAAAGGCUUUUGUGAGUAUAUUAGAUUCAAUUUUAUGAAUUAUGUAUACAUCAUAUUCUACUUUACUUUUUAAGAGAGCUUUUUAAACUUGUUUUUAUAACUCAAAAAUCUGUAAUGGACUUAAGCAAUUCAUUACAUUUCACUAGGAAUAUUAAUUUUAUAUUUUGUUUUGGCUCUUUUUAUUAUAAGGAGCAUUUUAAUUUCCUAAAAUUCUUAUCCUAAGGAUUAAAUUUAAAAGAAAAUUGAAAUUUUUAGAAGAAGAGAUUAAUGCCACUUCUUAUUUGCUUUUGAAGAUCCUUUAACUGAUAUCUCUAUUUAAGAAAAAUCUGAAAAAUCUGCACAGUCACCAACUGAGAUUGUAACUAGUAGCUGGAUAGUAUUGUCUCUUAUUUAAAAACUCAUAAUGACAGGAGUUAUAGUAUUUUAAUAUAAUAAUAAAGUAGAAAUCUCAUUAAUUGUUAUAAUUGUUAUCUUCUUCAAGUUAUUCUUCUUAAUAAGACCAAUUAAAAAUAAGGUAAUACUUAUUUUUUCUUUUUUAGCUGACUGUUAUGUCGUUGUUGUGAUUAUACUCUCUGUUUAUUCUUAUUUAGUUUACUUACUUUGGCCUGGUAUCCUUGUAUUGAAUUUUUUGAUGAUACUUGAAGAUGUUUUUAGUAGCAAAUUCUAUCCUACUGUACAAGAAGUCAACUAUUUAGAAAAGAUAACUCAUUUAUAACAAAAUGAAGAAUAUCAAUAAAACCAAAAAUUAAAUUAUCAAAAAAAUUAAGAACUUGUUGUUUAAAAUAUUGCUUAAAGCUAGAAUAAUCCUUAACAUAUUAAUAAUAAUCUUUCAAAUUAGUAAAAUUAGCUUGACUAUAGCAUUUAAAUUCCUCUAAAAAAUAGUUAGCAACAAGAAUAAUCAGUUUUGAUUAAACAAGACAAUUCUAUGACAAAUUAAAAUUUAGCGUAUGAGUAAUCUCUGAACUAAGAAAGAUUAGAAUCGCAACAAUAUGCAUAAAAAUCAAUGCGAAACAAUAUACCUGAAGUAAUAAAUAUAUCAUAAAACUAAAAUAACUAACAUGCAAUUACAGAUAAGGAAAUUAUAGGAAAUUUACAAAAAUAGCCUCCAGCUGUCUAACCCAAAGCAUAAAAUUAGCAGAUGAUAGAAAUGAAACAAAAAUAUUUAGAAAGAAUGAGAAAAUAAAAUGAAUCUUUGCUCUAAAAAUAACCAACACAAGCUGAACUUAAAAAACCAAACUUAGAUGAUGAAUAUGAUUUAAUAAAUGGUUCAAAUUAACUGCAGAAUAAUUAAAAUUUAAAUAAAUCAAAAUAAAAUUUACUUUUUUAUGGUCCAGAAAAUAUUUCAUAGAACAACUAAAACAAUUUUAAUAAUAAAAAAAAUUAACUUUCUGAUGUGGCUCUAAAAGAUUCUGAUAGAAAAAGUAAUAAAAACAAUAAUAUUGAUAAAGAUUCCUUUUUUGACACUUAAGAAGAAUAUGAUAAUGAUUACUCAUAAUUGCCAUCUGUAAAGCCUUAAAAUUCAUUAGAUAAGCAAUAAUUCAAUUAAAAUAAAGAAAUGUAGAAUGUUUAAUAAAAACGCCAAAAUAGCUAUUAAUAGUAACCUGAUAGGAAGUAGUCGCUUGAGCAGAAAAAGAUAGAUGAAGAACUAUCAAAUUAAUGGAAAUUCAACUGA